AUGGCAGCCAUCGCUCCUAGCCAGAGUCUACCCUCUGACAACAGCAAUGCCGGAUAUUCCAAAACUACUCGGCGCCAGUAUCAGAGCUGUGACCAGUGUCGCAAGAGUCGACGAGCCUGCGAUGCUGGCAGCUUGCGUGUCGUCAACUUUCCUUUCACCGACGAGGACGCAAUAGGUCUCCCCAGGCCAAGUUGCGAAGCCUGUUCCAACUGUGCCAGAACUGGCAAGAAGUGCACCUUCGAAUGGCUUCGCUCGCUUCCUCGACAAGGUCUUCCGAAAGGGAUCAAGAGGAAACUUGAUUCCAAUGUUGUGGCUCCGGUGCCCACGGCCUCCGAACGAGAAACGGGCCGGGAAGCCACGCGUGAGCAGUCUUACAGUUCGUCUUCGCUCCCAGUUCCGGAUGCCUUUCUUCCGUCUGGGCCUAUUGCACUAGAAGAGAGACAUACUUCCAGCCACCAUCACCACAGCAAUGGAUAUGCAUCAGCCCCAUCCACUCUUCUUCCACAUCUACCUUCAUCAGAUUUCAGGCAAGGGUCUCCAGAAUCGAAGCACGCUGAUGCCUUGCCUGAACACCAUCCCACUGCCUCUCGCGCGGUGGGCAGCAGCAGCAGACGAGACUUUCCCUGUCGACAAAACACGAGCAGCGAUUUUCACCCACCUGCCUUGCCCGGUUCCGACUCUAGCACGUCCUCGGCAAGCUAUGAGGCAUUGUCUUCAAGGAAAGGAACUGCUCUUUCCCACACGUCUGACAGCGGGACCUCUGCUAGCUCAGACUCUGGGCCGGGAAAUGGACGGGCAAAAUCUCAGAAGCGCGAUCAACAUACUGGUGCCGCCUAUGGUGCCAAUCGAUCCGACGAAAGCUCACUGGGCAACUCCGCGCGACGAGGCUCCUCCACUUCAACCAGCCUAUCUGGCAAGAAGCGACAGAGCUCAAGUCCUCUGAUGAACCGCGGACAGAUACGGUUCGCGGACGGUGCGUUGAAGGCAAUGAUAGCAAGUGGCCUCUUGCGCAUCUAUCACGACAGUUUCGAGAACUCGCUGUCCUGCUGGGUGACUGAAAAGAACUGUCCGUACGAGACUGAACUCGCAGAACUGAUUGCCCAAGCGGGUCCAAGUACAACCGCAGAGGAAGCGGCACUCCGCCUUGGGGACAAUCGGAUCUUUUCGCGUGUUUCACGGCUCGACUCGGCGUUUACUCACCUCAGAGGACGACAGCUGAGCGCGAGGGACAACAAAGCGGCGACAGAUGCUCUCAACUCAGCCAUCAUGGCAUUCGCAAGCCAGUGGUCUCAUAGCUCCCACAACACCUUCUGGCGUAGCAAAGAAGGUCUUUCUAGGAUGAGAGCCUGGCAGAAUAACAACAACAACGCCUUCCUUCCACCCGGUACCCAGCCGAAUGAAUCUACCGAAUCGACGGAUUUCGAGCGCAUGAUCCAGAAAACACUGUGGCAUGAGGCUCGCAAAGCGAUCCAGGAGACAACUGAAAUCGAUUCAUUCAAAGUGAUUUUAGCGUACAUGCUUUUCGCCCUCACCCAACGACCGCCCGACGAAAACCAAAAACCAAAGCCAGAGUCGACCGGAGAUGCGGCAUCAUCGGACAACGGCAACACUAACACGAAUCCACUGGAAUCGGUUUGUCGAGAAUAUCCAGGCAGCGGCUGCCCUCCCAUCUCUACCGGCCCAGCUGGAGCCGAAACCGAAUGGGAUCCCUUCCAGACCGCUGAGCUCGAAGGGCUCGCUUCGCCCCCCGUGUAUCUCGAAACGGCGGUGCGCAAUUUGUUCUCCUGGCGUCGCAAGGUCGAACGGUAUCGGCGCAAGAGCUCAGCAUGUCAGCACGAUGGCAAACCCAUACCCAAGCUGGACCUCAAGGACCAACAAACAUUCAACAUCCUCUUCUGGCUAGGCGUGAUGUGCGACACGACCUCUUCAGCCAUCACGCGCCGUCCCCUCGUCAUCCCGGACGAAGACUGCGCCAUGAUCCGCGAGAAGCUCGACAAAUUGUCGCUGAGCGGAAGCCAAGCGGACGAACCAUCCUGCACCACCACGUCGUUCUCUUCUUCUUCUUCUCCUUCUUGUCGUUACGACGACGGCACUUAUGACUCCUCCGCCACGGCACCCCUGUGGGAUACGUACCUCCUAACGUUCACGCCGGCACGUACACACACGAACCCGUUCAGCCUCCCGUCGCCGGCGCGAUGGCCGUGCAGCUUCGAACAAGCGGCGCAGAUCCUGCAAGAAGCCAUCCCGGUCAAGGUCCUCAUGUUCCGGCGGGUGGCGCACCUGCAGACGCUCGCGGCGCGGCGGGCGUCGCCGUCGUCGCUCGAGUCGACCAUCACGGCGGCACUCGACGUGUACUCGCACUGGAACCGCACGUACCUCCCGUUCAUGGCCGACUGCGUGUCGUCGCACAACGACCUCCCGCCGCACGUGCAGUCCUGGUACGUCAUCCUCGACGGCCACUGGCACUACGGGUGCCUGCUGCUCGCCGACACCAUCUCCCAGGUCGACGCCGAGCAGCGCACCAUGCAGGUCCAGCGCGACCUGCGCCGCAAGUACGGCCUCCUCGCCGAGCUGCGCCGGGACAACGCCCGCGCCGUCGCCCGCAUCGCCGAGGCCAGCCUGUCCGAGCACGCCCCCGUGUUCCGCAACAACCCCGACUUCCACUUUGCCUGCAACGGCAGCGCCAUCCUCACCGAGCCCUGGACCGACGUGCUGGUGCGCGCCAUGGGAAGCGCCUGUCGCAUCUUCAUCAACUGGAUCAACGUCCACCAGAACCACCACAACCACCACCACAACGAUCACGACCCCACGCACCGCUGGGUCAGGGAAAACACCAACCUCGCCAACCUCUACAUCCAGGCCGAGUACUGUAUCCAGGGCAUGGCGCUACUGGGCCGCAAGAGCGACGCCGCGAAUUACACUGCCGGGGUGUUUUGGAAGAAGCUCAAGGAAGUGUAUUAUUCUGGAAGUGGUGGUGGCGGCGGCGGCGGCGACGUCGACAAUGCUAAUUUCAACAUCAAUACCAAUGCUACCUACACGACCAACACCUCCAUCCUGACCACCACGACCACCACGACCACCACAAACGCCUACACCUACACCAACAUGUCGUCGUACUCAAAUCCUUUGGGUGAAUUCGACAAUGUGAGCAUGAAGAAGGAAAUGACUUGA